CCUGCCGCCAUUUUUGCUGUUUAACCAUUGCAUUUUGUCAUUAAUAUUGAUCGUGGUUAUUUCCCUCUUGCAAGUCUUACUAUUCAUCGGUUUAAUACAUAGUUUUGAAAGAUUCGUUGCGGUAAAGUUUUCUUUGUUGUGUAAAGUGUAAUUCCACACCGAAAAUGGCGAAUCGUAGACCCCAAGGCAGUGGCAGGCGUAUGGAUUUCGGUAGAAAUGACCGCGGCAAGAAUUUCCGUGGGGGAGUAUCCCCAUGGCAAGGGGGUGGUCCGGGUGGUGAUCUGCCCAAUCUUCUGCCAUUGGGCGGAGGCCCGACUGAAGCGACGCUAGCUUUGGCCAGCAAUCUCAUAAAUCUUCUCCAACCACGUCAAAACCCCGUCCCUUCGUUACUCGACAUGCCAAUACGACGUGACUUCGGCCCUAGCAUGAACCGGUAUGAUCGUGGUUAUGGACCAAACAGGAUGGGCAAUCAAGGUAAUUUCCGGCGUUCGGGAAAUUACAAUCGCGCUGGUGAGCGUGUCCACAACAAUCGUAAACCGUUCAGACCCAAUGAUGGGAUCAGGCAACAAAACAAGAGCUCCCCGAAAAAGGAUGCCGAUUCAAAGGCUAAGCCUGUAAAGGAGAGUGAGGAAAAGGACCAGGAAGGUUCUGAAAGACCGGAGAAGAAUGAGGAAGACAAGAAAGACGUUCCGAAGACUCGCUACGACGACAUCAACCCUCAACUUCUGAAAUGUCACAUUUGUAACAAGUCUAUGUGGGAUGGGCGUUCGUUUGAAAACCAUCUGAGCGGUCGCGCCCACGCUAUUAUGAUGCAAAAAACUGCGGAGAGCUACGCACUGACAGCUGAUACGAUGCGUCAAGAGUUUAAGAUACGCGAAAUGAAACGCACCCGUAAAACAGGUCAACAACCCCCCCGCGAGUUCUACUGCGCUAUGUGUGAUAUAUACGCUGGGGAUGGCGCCAUACAUCGCACCACCGUGGGACACCGGAAAUUGAAGAAAUAUCUACAUCCAACAUGCACUUCCUGUCACAAGGAAAUGCCAACACGUAUUGAACUGGACGAACAUAGACUGACAGCUGAACACUUGAAGAACAUGCAAGAGAAACAGGAAACUAUAUCCAAACCGAAGCCUGAAGUAAUGGUGAUAUCAACACUUAGUAUGGAACAGACUUACUUGCGUGAUGACCGUCAGCGAUGGAGACGGGAGAAACACGAUCGCAAGGAUGAGAAACAGGAUGAUGCCGAUAAAGAAGUCAAGAAGGAACAAGAAGGUGAAACAGAAGGAGAAGUGAAAGCAGAAGAUAAAAAGGAAUUAAGCAUCGACAAUGAAAACACUGUUCUAGAUUACAAGGAAGGGGUUGAAAUUACCAACGUUACCCCCGAUAUGUUGCCCGCUUACAGUACCGACCGCGGCGUUGGCGCGUCCUUCUUGAGUGAAUUCCGUUGCGUUCAAUGCACUUUGUGUCACAAACUGUUGGAUGGAGAGGAAACGGCACAAGUACAUCUCAGGACUUGGCGACACCACCAGCUGUUUGUUAGACUCAUCAAUGAGAAAGCUGGGAACAUACAGCCACAGUCAGAGGCGGUGAAGCGAUCAAUCAAUGAUGAUUCAGGAACAUGGAAACGCAGGAAGACCUCCAGGGAUGAAGAAAAUGGACACGAAAUUGUUAAAGAUGAUCAUAAUGAAGGUACAGAACAGAACCAAGAAAAUCCUGAGAAUAUGAACGAGCUGGCAGCGGAUGAGCUCGAGGAUUGGGAACAGUCUGUGGAUGAUAUACUCAAUGAUGAGAGCGAAAUGAUAGAGAAAGAGCUUGACACAGAAACACAAGAAGAAACUCAGACAGAAGUAGAGGAAGAAAAGAAGAGUCCGCAAGAAACAUUGACUUCAACAAGAGAAGAGAAAAAUGGAAAUGAAUUAGAAGAAAAACCGGCGGAACCAAAGAAAACACCACAAAAAACAACGAGAGGUCGAGGUAGACGCCGCUUUUAGUUAUAUAUAACAUAACAUACAUAUAUAUUAUGUAUUUAAUUAUAUACAAGAGAAAUUAAAAGUUUGGUAAAUCUUUUUCAUAUAGAUUGCUAGUAAGAAUUAUGUAUUAGUUAUAGCUAUAGAGUAUAGUCUCUUAUUCACUAUCGCUAUAGUAAUUUUUAUAUUCAUUUCUUGAAACAGUCACUAAUAACAGAUAUGUAAACUCUACUUGAUUGAAAUUAAAUCCAGCAAGUAAUUAAUUUAUUUCAGAUAAUUCAUAGCAAUAUAUAUGUUUUAAAAUUACUUUAAAAAUAUUUUUAACAAAAGUCUCCCGUAGUAAUUGAUAUUUAAAUUUUUUUUUGUAUUUAAAUAAGUAGAUUUCAAUAGAGUAAGUUGGUCAGGCACAAAAUACAUUAUAACUAGGUUCAUACAAGUCUAGGAUAAGUAUUCGGUAACUAGUUAGCUAGAGAUGUGAAUAAGGUUUUUAUUUUCCGCUUUUAAAUAGGUUUAUAAGUAGGUAUAUGAAAUAAUUCUGAAUGAAAAAGUUGUGAGAAGUCUUGAAGCGAAAAAUUGAAUGUUACUUGCUAAGUUAAUAUCCACAAUUUACUUGUAAAAAUGUCUUUUUCAUUCUACCUUGCCCUUUAAUAAACUAUAGGAAUACACAA